AUGGUUGUCGCUAGAAAUGAUAAACGCACACAAAUUAAUAAAUUAGCUGAAAUGGUUAAGAAAACAAAAACGUUAUAUAAAGAAAAACGUAAUUACAAUAUAGAGGAUCGAGAUCUUAUAGAAUUAGCAGCACUUGUACAAUCACAUCAAAAUGUUAAUGUUCCCAAAAAAGACUUUUCGGUCCGUCAAAUACGUACUCAUGAACGUUUCGGUUAUACAGAAUAUAUAUUUGAGGUCACUGUAGGCGCUGACCAUAUGGGUAGUUUACCUGAUUUUUUUGUAAAUAUACGUCGUGUUUUUGAUUAUUUAAUAAAUACCAUGUUGUAUUAUGCUCAGGUGAAUACGGAUAAGGCAAGAUUUUUUAUCUCGAAUGCACCACGUACACCGUUUUCUACAAGCGUAUUAAAUGUAACGGAUUUUACAACCGAGAUGUUUUUUAAUAUUUUCGAAAAGCACAUGCAAAGUAAUGCACAAGAGAUUAUAAAUAAUGGCUGGAAUACUACCGUUAGUUUGUACAUUUUUCCAAACAAUUACGUUGCACGUACAAAAACGUCCCGGGUGAAAAAGAAAAAAACACAAAGUAAAUUGUAUAAGUAUUUUGGUAAAAACACCACAGAAUCGGGUAGCGGUAGAAAAAAAAAUAACCCGGUGUUUAAACAUGGUCGUGAAGUUCGUCACGGCGUUUUUCAAAUCGGUAAUUCAAAUGUUAAAAAUUCUUGUUUGGCUUUAGCGCUUUUAGUGGGUAAAUCUUAUCUGCACGACGAUUCUGACGCAUCCAAACUGAAACGCAAUAACAACCUACCGCUUAGCAGUAUAUAUACAGACGAUAGCAUUACAAACAUGUAUACAAUUAGUCAACUACCCGUGGGGAAACCCGUACGUCUCGAUCAAUUACCCGAUGUGUAUGAAAGAUAUUUAAAACAGGACGGUAUAGAUUUGGUCGUUUUUUCCAAACAACAAGCCGACAGUAUUGUAUACGAUUCCCGAUUAGACGCAAACGAAUGUCUACAUCGUGUUACGAAUGACGUUAUUUUUUUAUGGUUAAACGAUGGUCAUUACGAUUUAGUCACCUCACCAUACACGUUUUCACGUCUAAAUUUAGGAAAGUUUUGUUUUUCAUGCAUGCGAUAUCUUCGACGUCAUGAACGAAAAAAUACGCACGUGUGUAUCUCAAGUAUAACCUGUCAACGUUGCUAUAGUAAUACGCGUAAAUGUGAAUCAGUACCAGGUUUUACACAACAAUGUACGGAGUGUGAUGUGAUUUUUUACAAUCCCACUUGUUUUACCAAACAUUUGACGCAAAGAGUGUUUAAAACCUAUGACAAGGGGUCGUUGAUAACCGAGACGACCUGUCAACGCUUUUUUUUCUGUGUGACGUGUUAUAAAAUAGUAACGCGUAAAUCGAUGACGACGGGUAAAAAGUAUACGAAGCACAAAUGUGACGAGUUGUUUUGUAUACAUUGUAAUAAAAUAAAAAAGAAAAAUCAUCAUUGUUACAUUAAACCGGUUAAAGAUCCUAAAAACGAAAUACGUCCCACUUUAUAUUUUUAUGAUUUUGAAACACGUGUAGAGGAAGACGAUAUAUACAUGAUACCUUUCUAUUGUGUUGUACAAAAAGUAUGCGAUGUUUGUGAUGAAAAACCGUUUGUCAAAAAUUACGAACACUUUUUACCCCACCCCACCGAACCGUUUACGGAUAUUUCUGUUGAACCUGUGCUAUGUUGCGGUUAUAGACAAUACGUUUUUGAAAAAAACAACGACGACAUCGUUCCGGAUUUAGUUGAUUUUAUGAUGCUACAACCCAAAAACAGCGUAUGGGUUGCACAUAACGGCGGUCGAUUCGAUAGUAUUUUUCUAAUGCGUGAAUUAUUAGUUCAUCGUAAACUUGUACCGAACGUUGUCAUGAACGGUAGUAAGGUUAUGUCUUUAGAAUUGGAAGAACGAAAUUUAAAAGUAAUCGACAGUUAUCUAUUUCUGGCAAUGAGGUUGGCCAAAUUUCCCGAGGCUUUAGGAAUUGAAAAUGUCGCAAAGGGUUUUCACCCCUAUUUGUUUACAGAUUUAAAUUACGUAGGCGAAAUGGUAGGAUUGGAAUAUUUUGACCUCCCGUUAGAGGGUAGCAAGGAACGGGAAACAUUUGACCAUUGGUAUAAACAGCAGCAAAGCAAAACAUACGUAUUUCGUGAGGCCAUAUAUUAUUAUUGUCGUUUGGAUGUGGAUAUUUUAAGACAGGGUUGUAUCAUAUUUUCCAGACUGAUUUAUCGAAUUACACGGGUAUUACCCUUUUAUGACCACACGUGUAAUACUGUGGCGGGUUUGGCUCUAAAAAUAUAUCGCAAAAAUUUCUUAAAAGAAGAUCAAAUCGGGCAAGUUCCAACGUGUGGGUACGGGGGUGUGAAUAUAAAUCAAAGUGCAAUUGCAUUAUGUUGGUUGAAAGAUCUUGAAAUUAUGUUAGAGGAAAAUAAUCUACGUUUGGCUAGUAAACUUAGUGUGUGUGGGGAGCAACGUAUAAUGGGCCGUUAUGUCGACGGCUAUUGUGAAGAGACAAAAACGAUUUAUCAAUUUCACGGGUGUUUUUACCAUGGAUGCGAGCGCUGUUACGAUGGCGCAUGUUACAAUCCGGUUUUAUUUACGAAAUUUUUCACACUUUUGGUUAGUACACAACGCUUAACAAACAUGUUUCGACAAGCAGGGUACACCGUUGUUGAAAAAUGGGAAUGUGAUUAUCGCAACGAAGUAGACAUGACAGCGAAUCGGUUAAAAGAAUUACGUUUAACAUCCUUUUUUGAAUUUAUACAAUUGGAGCCUCGCGAUGCGUUGUUUGGCGGGCGUACAUCUCCCGCCACACUAUAUUAUGAUAUGAAAGAUACGGGUCUUCCCGCAAUGUAUUUUGACGUAUGCUCUCUUUAUCCAUAUGUGCAGAAAAAAUUUCAAUAUCCAACGGGACAUCCUGUCAUUCUUAAGGGUCGUGAGUGUGAAAAUAUUGACGUCAAUCAAGUAUUUGGUUUAAUUAAGUGUAAAAUUUUACCACCCACGCAUUUACUAUUUCCCGUUUUACCCUAUCGUUCAACGAAAUUGACGUUUCCUUUGUGUCGCACAUGUGUGCAACGUCAGCAAAAUGAAACAUGUCGUCAUAAUGACGAGCAACGUGCGUUGUACGGUACAUGGACCAGUGUUGAAAUUCAGAAAGCUCUACAGCUAGAUUAUCGUAUUCUAAUUAUUUAUGAAAUUUAUCAUUAUCAGAAACGUGAGAAAAUCUUUGAUCAAUAUGUAAACACGUUUAUAAAGCUUAAGCAAGAAAGUAGCGGUAUACCCAAAAAAUGUUUUUAG